AUGACACUUUGGGCCGACUUUUCGUUCAAGUCUUGUUGCUGGCUGCCGCUUCGCUGGUGGUGCUCAGCACUUGCAACCUCGAAUUUCUCCCGCGUAAAUUUGCCCAUUUUCGGCGCGAAAUGGAAGGAUCCAAAAGAGUCAAUCGGCGGUUGGAUCGGUUCCUUGAAAAAGGGGCGAUACCAAUGCUGGUACAGUAUCGGACCCGCGCGCGAGGCGUAUUCGCGCAUGGCGCCAAUCGUCGCCAACUUUGUCGGAUCUUGCCAGAAAUCCGCGGACGAUGUCGACUUUGGCAUGUAUAUGAUAGGAUAUCGCGAAGACAAGGCCGCGCCGCGGCUUCUCGUUUUCUCUAAAAACAUCAACGCUCGGAAAACCAUAAGGAAAAACAUCAAAGACAGCAAGAUCCUGGAUGCCUACCCCGGAAUCGGGCUCGGCGACGCAACGGCGUUGCCAGGCAGGAAACCAAUCCAGCGCGCGGCCAGGGGGGACAUUGAGAAGAUUCUGCCACUCGACUGCGACACCAGAGGGGAACGGGUGGUUUUGAUCGAGGGCUCGGAAACGGCAGCUGGCAAACGGAUAUAUAUCGUGGACCCAGAAGACUUCUCGCUUCGUCCAGCAACAUCAGGGCCCUUUGUAUUCGUCAACGAUACGUGGUGUCAGCUGACCGUGGCCCACGCAUUCCACAAGUCGCCGUACCAAAAAGGCUCGGAAGAAGUUGCCGACGAUGAUUGCGAUUUCGAUGGCCUGAGCGAAUCGGAAGACGAGGAUGUCGUGGAGAUCACUGGGGCUGCGAGCGUCAGCUCGGCGACCGAUGAGGCCAGAGAUUUGUCUGCAGGGCUCGGGUGGUUGGGUUCGCCUGAUGACGUGGACUAUUCCGACACAGAGACUAGGAGCUCUUCUCGGCCUUCAACGCCGAGAUCGUCGCGACCAACUACCAGUGCUAUUCGCGGUGCCAACGAACCGCUUCCGCGCUCCCCAGGAGAUCAAGACAGACCCUCGCGCGCCCAAGCGGCAGCCCAGCAGAGCGAGAUUCUCAACAUGUCCCGGGUCCAGUACCUGGGUAAGGUAGACUCGGCUUCGAAAGGUCUAACGGAGCAAGCACUAGACUACAUCUUGGUUGUCAUCAACAACGGCCAGAUCCCACAGCUCAUCACGCCUCAGCUGAUUUCUCCCGAGCUCAUCAUCACGAAACAAUUCCCGGCCAUCGACAUGGAAAGCGAGACGGCGCCUUGGUCUUGCUCUGUGAAGGAAAUCCUCUUGGAUGACGUCGAAGUCAUUGCCAUCUUGCCCAAGUCAGGCGCCGUCCAGGGAGCAAUCAUUGCAAGCCCCUCGUAUCUACGUCUGGGUGGCAGUUCCCGCUUUCAGAGAGUCUUCACGUUGAAGCUCGACUGCCCGGUCUCGGACGGGGACUGCGGGAGCCCCGUGGUCGACAAGUCUGGCAACUUCUACGGUCACAUCGUGGCGGGUGGCCUGGGGACUGAAAUUGCGUACAUUCUUCCGGCCACCGACAUCUUCGACGACAUUGAGAGCCAUGUGUGGGGCAAGGUGUCAGUGCCGAACCCAGAGUCCAUGCUAGUCUCGAAAUCCAUACCAGGUCCGCCGCCUCGGGGUCCUGAGGUGGCCUCGGCAGCAGCCAGACCUAAAUCUCAAGGGGCGGCGAAAAUCGCCGAUGAUGGCCACAAGAAGCAAAAGCACGAGACCGCCGCACAUCCCGUGCCACUUCUCCCUCCACCGCAUAUGCGCAGGCCAGGGCGCAUAUACAAUGUACUCCCCCAAGACCCUGGGAGGAGCGGGUUUCUCCCACCACACAUGCGCGGGCCACCACCAAGAGGCGAUGACGGAGCGCAACAGGACCUAGCAGCAGCAGCAGCAGCAGCAGAAGCUAUGCAUAUGUCUUCUUUCCUCAUCCGCCAAGCCGCGAUCGGGGGGGGCCAACUGGUGGUGGUGGCCCAAGAAGAGAUGAGCGACAACCUUGCCGAAAACAGACGGCAAAAAACAGUGAUAAAAGCCGCUGCUGCCGGCGAUCCCGGAGACGACAAAAAGAGCCUGCUUGCCAUGUGGACCGAGUUCAAAAGGACAGGCCGCCACAACCACCGCCACCAGCACCAGCAGCAGCACUUACAAGCCCACAGCCAGCACCGCAUGAGCGUCAAGGUCCGCUCCAAGAUCAGAAAGACGCUGCUGGAAUACCACCACUAUCACACGACUGGCCGGAUCGACGAGGACGAGGUCUGGAACUCUGAAGUCGGCACCAGGGAUCUGGGGCUGAUUGUAGACGUGGAUGAAAUGGAGGCCAGAGGUGAGAUAUAG